UAUGGCCUAAAAAACACAAUAAGAGCCAGGGUACUAGAAUAUACGUAUGGUGUGAGGAUUUUUCCAAAAUGGACUGAAGAUGAUCCUCUAGGACGAAAAGUUAAUGAUCGAAUAUAUAAGUUUCAUGAAUUAGCCAAACGUGGAACUUGCGUUGAUGAGUAUAGUGCGACGUAUUGUGAUGAACCGGGAAUGCGUUUAUUGGGAACCUUUGUCAUUGAACUGCCGGAUACUCAUCUCGGUCUAAAUAGAACAGUGGAGUAUACAUUUUUCUUUGGCAAGAUGAAUAUUCAUGGUAUUGCAAAGAAUAUGACAAACGGAAAUAUUUACAAUGCUUGUAUUGAAUUGGAUUACAAUUAA